AUGAAUGGCCUCGAUGGCCCAGACUUGGAAAGCAAUGAAAGUAACCACUUUCUCGCAAAUGAGACUGUUAAGAAUUUCGCCUGGGAUGGGUUAACGGUCACCGUCAAGGAUCGUCAGACGAAGGAGCCGCGGAAUCUGAUUGAUGGUAUUAGUGGGAGUGUUGAACAAGGGGAACUGGUCGCGUUGAUGGGCCCAUCAGGUUGCGGAAAGACCACACUGUUAAACGUUCUUGCCCGCCGUGCUGCUGCGUCUGGGGCGAGAGAGAGCGGAGAAUGUUAUGUGAAUGGAGGAAAUAUGAACACAGAUGCCUUCGAGCGCAUCACCUCUUAUGUCGAGCAGGAAGAUGCGCUGAUCGGAUCGUUGACGGUGCGGGAGACGCUCAAGUUUGCGGCCGAUCUUUCUUUGCCAAGAUCCGUUUCUAAAUCGCAAAAGCGCGAUCGUGUUCAGACUCUGCUCGAGGCAUUCGGGAUUCAGAAACAGGCGUCGACGUUGGUGGGAACGCCUAUACGCAAGGGGAUCAGUGGAGGACAGAAGAGAAGAGUCAGCAUGGCCAGUCAGUUGAUUACUUGUCCGAAGAUAUUGUUUCUGGAUGAGCCAACGAGUGGACUGGACUCGACGGCGAGUUUUGAGGUGAUUUCGUAUGUGAAGAAGUUGGCGAAAAGCAAUGGGCUCAUCAUCAUCGCGAGUAUCCAUCAACCAUCUACAUCGACCUUUCAGCUAUUUGAUAAACUGCUUCUUCUGUCUGGGGGCAAGACGUGCUAUUUUGGCUCUGUUGGUGAAGUGCCAUCGUACUUUGACCAGAUUGGCCAUCCUCUGCCGGCGCAUACAAACCCGGCUGAAUUCAUCCUCGACAUUGCCAGCUCUGAUUUUACGGGCGAUAAGGAUUCGGCAGAAGACAGAGUGCAGAAAAUCCAGUCUGCAUGGACUCAUUCGACCGAGUCUGAGACGUGGAAGCGACAGAUCUCGAGUCGGAUUGAAGCAUCAGAGAAGGCGAGCAUCUCGGUGGACGAGCUCAGUCGACCAAACAUGGUGAGCAUCACAGCGUCUCUACUCCAUCGCUUGUUUAUCAAGAGUUAUCGUGAUGUGGUGGCAUAUGGGAUUCGCAUUAUUAUGUAUCUUGGGUUGGCGAUUAUGAUGGGCACUGUAUGGCUGCGUCUGCAUUCCGACCAAGAGUACAUCCAGCCAUUCAUCAAUGCGAUUUUCUUCGGAUCGGCCUUUUUAUCCUUCAUGGCAGUGGCAUAUGUCCCUGCUUUCCUGGAAGAUAGGGCCACAUUCAUCAAAGAACGCGCCAACGGACUCUACGGAGCGACGCCAUUCAUCGUGGCCAACUUUCUCAUCGGCCUUCCCUUUCUCUUCCUGAUCUCCAUUCUCUUCUCCAUCAUCUCCUACUGGCUUAGCAACUUCCGCGCCGACGCAACCGCCUUCUUCACCUGGGUAAUGUGGCUCUUCCUCGACCUCCUCGCCGCCGAAUCCCUGGUGGUGUUUGUCUCCUCCAUCUUCCCUAACUUCGUCAUCUCCCUGGCCCUCGUCGCCUUUGCCAACGGCCUCUGGAUGAGCGUCGGUGGCUUCCUUGUCCCCACCACCAUCCUCAAUCCCUUCUGGAAAUACGUCUUUUCCUAUAUCGAUUAUCAGGCAUACGUUUUUCAGGGGAUGAUGGUGAACGAGUUUGCAAACCGGAAUUACACCUGCGGUGAUGGGUGCCACUGCAUGUACCAGACGGAUUUGGCGGAGCAGUGUCAGAUUCGCGGGACGGGGGUACUGGAGCAAUAUGGGUAUGCGACUGGAAGAACGGGCAAGUGGGUGGGGAUUCUGAUUGGGAUUAUUGCUGUUUAUCGGUUUUUUGGGUGGAUUGCGUUGGUUUUGAGGAGGACUUGA